CAUGAUGCAGUCGUGACGUCCAUUCGGGGGUUUUAAUCCUUUGCCGCAGUAUAUCAGCAGGUAAUGAGAGGAGGGGGACGUUUGGUCGGUCGGAACGAAUUUACGACGAUACGACCAAAUUAAACCGGAUGGUGGAUAAAAAUCAUUAACACUUUAAACGUAGGAAUACCCAGGUCGAGGCUACUACAAGGAAAAACGACCGACUCGACCUUGGCCCCUCCUCUUUCGUUAUAGGAAGCUGAGCUGUAUUAUCUAACACUAAAAUAGCCUAUUCUUAUUGUUGUAAUUGAAAAGACGCAACUUUUUUAUUUUAAUCAAAUAAAUGGGGGAUUACGGAUUUGGCUUGCUUCAGACAGUAAGUAUAAACAACAACAGCAUUACACUCUUGGGCGGAGGCGCUUUCAGAUCCUACUCGACCCCCUCUCCGGUGUCCACCGGCCAGCUCUCCCCCAACUCGACUCCUGUUUCUAGCAACACCGUCCCCGGCGUGUCCUCUCUAUUCCUGUCAGCUGCUGCGCAUCAGCAAAACAUGCAGGAUGGGCCUGUGGGGGUGACAACCUCGCAGCAACCACCUUUAAUCGAACAAACCAACGACAACAGCAGCAAACACGAGCAUUUGCAAUCUAACAGCAGCAACAACAACCACAGCAAUCAACUGGGCUUUAACACACAGGACUACAACGCCUUGUGUCAGAACCAACAGCAGUUCGACGAUUUUAAAGCAACUGUAGGUCAAGAACAGUUCUGUCCGACGCAGUCGAUCUGUGACCUUCAGCACGACCGGAAAAUACAUCAGCAGUUAAGUCAGCAGGCUGAGUUCGGCUGCUCGGAGCCACCCCCACCCCUAAGAGAAUUUAGUCACCUGCCUCAGAAGCAGCCUUACACCACCGCCGGCCCGAACGAAUCCGAUCCAAACACGGACUCGAGCCACGAUCAAAUUCGCAGUUUAUCGGUGGAGAAGGCAGAAGCCGAUGUGGUUGCUGCCGCGUCGCAAUCGCCCACUUCCGUGAAUCCAAACAAGGUAAAUAUCCAAAUGGACUCCCCUAACUCCCAUCACAUAAACAACGGCAAUGGCACCGGUACCGGCAAUAACAUACUGCCCGGAGGUAUCGGAGCCGGCUACUCCAACCUCCCACAUCAAGAUAUGCAGAAUGCGGGAGGUGGCUCGGCUUCGCCGUCUCUCCCCGGUUUCGGAACUCCCUGGUCCGUUCAGACGAGCUCCCCACCACCACCUAUCUCCAACUCAGCCAACCCCAGCCACGCAAACGCGAUGAACCCGAUACCAAACGCAGAACACGAGAACAAUUUCUACCCGGGGAUUCCCUCCUCCAUCAACCCGGCCUUCUUCCAGAGCUUUUCGUCGGUGUCUACUAAUCCUUGCGCCGGGAUUAACGUGCAGGGCUUCAGCAGCCCUUUCUCGCCCCAGAUCAACAUCCCCCAGCAGCAGCCUCAGAGCCGCCGGUCCCCGGUCAGUCCCCAAAUGCAUCCGCAACAGGGAGCCUUUCUGCAGCAGAGGAACAAUUACAACCAUCACCAGCCCAUGAUGAAGCAGUCUCCCUGGGGGGGCAGUCACCAGGGUAGCGGCUGGACUUCUGGAGGGAUGUCCUGGGGAAGGGACCACCGUCGCGUAGGCAUGGGGGUCCCUGGCUCCAUGAGCCAGGUGUCCCCCAUGAAGAAGCCCUUCUCCAGCAAUGUCAUCGCCCCUCCCAAGUUCCCCCGCACGGGCGGUUCCCUGGGGCCCAAGUCCUGGAUCGAGGAGAACGUUUUCCGCACAGAUAACAACAGCAAUACCCUGUUGCCACUGCAGGAUCGCCCCAGAAUGUAUGACAGUCUAAAUAUGCACUCCCUGGAAAGCUCCCUGAUUGACAUCAUGAGGGCUGAACAGGACCCCCUGAAGGGCCGUGUGGGAUGCCCUCACCCCGGGGCAGAUGGCCUGCUCAUGCUCAAUGCACGGAGCUAUGGGAGACGACGAGGGCGCUCCUCCUUGUUUCCGAUCGACGACGUUCUCCUUGACGAUGGUCAUGGCAACCAGGGCGUCCCUGGAGUUCUUGGCUCUCCUAACUGCUACGCUCACCAAAAUGGGGAGCGUAUUGAACGCUUCUCUCGCAAGGUGUUUGUGGGAGGCCUACCUCCAGACAUUGAUGAAGAUGAGAUCACCUCCAGUUUCCGCCGCUUUGGCCAUCUGGUGGUGGAUUGGCCCCACAAGGCCGAGAGCAAAUCCUACUUUCCCCCUAAAGGUUACGCCUUUCUCUUGUUCCAAGAGGAGAGCUCUGUUCAGGCUCUGAUCGAGGCCUGCUUGGAGGAGGAUGGCAAGCUCUACCUGUGUGUUUCCAGUCCCACCAUCAAGGACAAGCCAGUCCAGAUUCGUCCGUGGAAUCUGAGUGACAGUGACUUUGUGAUGGAUGGCUCUCAGCCCCUUGACCCACGCAAGACCAUCUUUGUGGGUGGGGUCCCUCGCCCCCUUCGUGCAGUGGAGCUGGCUAUGAUCAUGGAUCGUUUGUACGGUGGCGUCUGCUAUGCUGGCAUCGAUACUGACCCAGAACUCAAGUACCCUAAGGGGGCGGGCCGAGUGGCCUUCUCCAAUCAGCAGAGCUACAUCGCUGCCAUCAGCGCGCGAUUUGUUCAGCUGCAGCAUGGGGAUAUUGACAAACGGGUAGAGGUGAAGCCCUACGUCCUGGACGACCAGCUGUGUGACGAGUGCCAGGGGGCGCGCUGCGGGGGCAAGUUUGCACCCUUUUUCUGCGCCAAUGUCACCUGCCUGCAGUACUACUGUGAGUUCUGCUGGGCUAACAUCCACUCGCGGGCCGGCCGCGAGUUUCACAAGCCCCUAGUCAAGGAGGGAGCGGACCGCCCGCGCCAGAUCCACUUCCGCUGGAACUGAGCGUCAUCAAGAGAACAACAGAGAGAGAGAGAGUGGAGAGACGACGACACAGCACGAGGCAGGAAAAGUGCACUGUUCUGUCCCCUCACCCCUAAGCUAUCAGUAUAGAGUAUGUAACAGUAUACAUUAUAAGCAAAUAUAAAUAUAUAUGAAAAUAUAUCUAUAUAAAAUAUAAAUAUGUAUCUUUUGUAGCAGCCAAAACACUACAAGCCUCAGUUUUUCACCAAACCACCCGCCAUCUCAGGCUUUGAUGACUUUUUUGUGGUACUUUCAUGUUUUUUAAAAAAAGGAGAUUAACAGAAGAGAGAUUGAUUUUUUGUAGUUUUUUCAAAUUAUUUUUAUAUGUGAGAUUUAAAGUAGAUACGAGAAUGUUUUUGCAUGGGAGGGGGCAGCCUGUCCGUCUGUCUGUCUGUCUGUCUGCUGCUAGACCCCCCCCCCCCCCCCCUCAGCUGGUGGGCAAAGUGCGCACUUGUCUCUGGAAAAACCCUCGAUUAUUUAAAUCUCUGACGCCUGCCCCAGGUCAUUAACCAAAGGUAGCAACUAAGAUAGGGAGCAUGAAAGAAACAUUUCUGCCACAAAUGAAGUGAAAGAAAGCGAAAGGAAAACAACAAACAAACAAACAAAAUAAUUCUAGAAGACGACAUGAUUAUAUUUGCUCUCGAUUUAGACCUGCAAAAAAGAUAAUACCUCAAAGUAACUAAUCUGGUUUGUAGUUAGCUCUAUCUACCAUUGUUAAUCACACAAGCUGUGUAAGAAGCUUUGCUGCUAUAUAUAAUAUAUGAACAGAUGUAUAGUUGUUAUAUUAAAUGCCAUCUACUAGAAAGGAAUCAUUAAAAAUUAAAAUGCAGUCCACACUCUCACUCAGAUAUGGCAACACAUGUUGCUCAUGAAGACUAGAAUGUGAAAUCUUAAGUGCAUGUUUGUGUAUACGGCAUUUGCAAUGCAUGUAGAAUAGAGGUUACUGACAACAUAUAGAGAAAGAAAACAAGUAACAAAACUCAUAUUACAGAAAAAAGCUGAACACUAUAUGUAGCAUGAACAAAAUAAACUAUCAACGACCUUGGUGUCAAAUGUUAAUUAAGUUGAGAAGUUAUUACAAAAAUAAACAUGCAUGCUGAUGUUGAUGUGAUGAUUGGUUUACAUGAUUAUUCUAUCAGAAACAUUAGUUUUAGACUAGUACGUCUGGCCAUCUUUGUGUAUUCGGUGAUUUGUGAGGAUUUCGACACAAAAAGAUGUAAAAAAAACUGAGUGGUGUUUGUGGUUAGUGUACAUGCCGUCUGUGUAACGUGUGGCUGUAGUUAGUGUGGAUUGAGGUUUUCGUUAAGUUUCAACGUAGAUAAAGAAGAAUAUUAGGACAACAUUUUGCCUUGACCCUACUUAUUGUUACCUCCCUAUACUCAUACGCUCACCAGUGUUUCUCGAUGUAGCAUAGACCAUAGCUGACAAAAGGCUAAUAGCCAGAUUUGAAAGAAUUAUCCAGUGUAAAAUGGGUAGGCAUUUUACAUGAACACAUUAGGUAGCCAAUACAGGUUUCAAUACACACAGGCAGUUGGUCAGAAGACAACACUUGUGUUUUUAGACAGAGCAUACUACUCCUGUAGAGUUAGCUAUGUUGUCCAUUGAUGCAAUAUGUAGGCACGUUUAAAAGGAGCUAUAGACGUCCUUUCUCAAAUCAGAGUAAAAAAAAGUGGAUAUCACUUAAUAGUGUCAUUGGGGAAUUAUCACUUGAGAGAAAAAAAAAUAUAUAUAUUUUCCUUUCCUCUUCCUUCAAAUUCAGUUAUGAUCAUGGAAAAAGAGCAAAGAUAUUGCAAAAUUUGUGCCAUUAUGAUUUAUCCCCUCCCUGUGAUCCUGUGCGGUUAUAACACUUAAUUAAUUUACUCCUAGGGACAAUCUCUCUAAUAGCCGCAGAUGCCAGCUCUACUGCUGGCUGUCUGGUACUGUACUGUAUAUUUGUGUGUGUUGAUCUUAUUUUAUUUUCUGUGUCGUGUGCUUCUGUGUUUGUUUGUCUGUGAGCACCACGCCCAAGUGUUGCUGUCUUUUUGGUGUUUGUGAUUCAAGCUUUUAAGUGUCUCUACUGUUACUACUUCAAGAUGAGAUUGUAAGGUUUAUUUAUUGAGUUGUGUUUUUUAAAAAAUAGAGUAUUUAUUUGUCAAUAUGAUACACAUUUUGCAUUUGCCCCCUCGACCUCUCUAAUCACUUAUAAUAUAUAUAGUGCACUACAUGUUCUGAAUUUCCUACUCUUUGAUUACAGUCCUUUGUUGUUGCUCUUACCAUUACGGUUAUCAACAAGCUGGCUAACCCUGAAGUUCUGAAAAAUGAAAAGCUGUCCGUUUUAUUUACCUGUAUGUCAUCAUUUUAUAAAUGAUUUCACUUCCCUUGGACAUCUACCUAUUUUUUAACCAGAUGAUUUUAAUAUUCCUUAUUUUUUCAUAAGUUAUUUAAUAUUUUUUGCAAGUGGGCUUAGGUUUUCUAUGUGAAUGCAGAGCAGUAAUCUGUGUGUUCUAAUGGAGGUCAGGGGGAAUUUUGGGUAGUGCUUCCUUGCAGGCAUUGCUUGCUCUGCCUGGUCAAAUCAAAAUGGAGGAUGAAUCAUGCAUAUGAGAUUUGCGGAGCUAUGCCUAAAAGAUGAAUUUAAAUAUGAAGGAACAUUUCACCUUAAGCGUCAUGGUUCUUGUGACUGUCGACACUCCCAACAAAGCUAUGUUAGAACUGGGUUUAAAUGGUUGAAAGAGUGACACUAGAAAAAGCAUCGGCACUAGCCACACCACUUUUCCCUGACACUGGCCUCUUUGUGUUGUGAGUACCGUGUCCGGUUUUCUGUGUUGAACACUGUUGCUUUGUACGCUUGUGUGUGUAUGUGUGUAUGCGUAUGUGUAUACGUGUGUGAUUAUUUUUGUUUUUGUAAAAAUCAUAUUUAUUUCACUAUUUUUGUAGACGAAUAACUAUUUGAUUUGGAUUGUAUUUUUCUAUUUCAAUAGACUUAUUUUACACAUUUUAUUUCCCCUAAUAUUUAUAGUUCUGUCCAGAAGCAGGAUUCUGUUUAUGACGAAAAAGAAACAGAGACAGUUUCAAGAAACACCCAUGCAAUUAUGUAUAUAUUGAUAUAUUAAUAUAUAAACUCUUGUAAUGUAUUAAUAUGAUUAAUAUAUGAAAACAUCACAUUUUGUUUGAAGGAAAUACACAUUGAGGGUUCUAUUAUGUUCAUGGAAGACACUUGAGAUUUUCCCCCGUUGCAUCGAGACUCUCGUAGCCUCUCCUCAUUGAUGCUCCGAAACUUGAAUAUAACACAUUUUGAAAGGCUGACUAACCUCGAAUCUGUGUUGUGACGUGCAAUACUGUUUCUAAUGUUUGUAUAAAAAAAGUAAGAAUAACAGUGUAAACCUUUUUAAUGCAGAUUUAUUUUUUUCAUUGCAUAUUUUGCAAAUUUCUGAUUCACAGUGUCAUUUUUUACUGUCAGAAAAUAAACCCCCUUUUCUUCAUUGCAACUAUUUUUAAAUCCAGAUAUCUUUGUACUGAUGUAAAUGAUUGUAGUUAUUUUGGAUAGUGUUUUGCUAACAAAAGGAGAGACUUUUUCAUGCAUAUUUCUAUUUCUUUUCAUUUUGGUUUAUUCUUUUUUAUUUCAUUUAAAUAGACUAGUAGCAAAAUACUUGGAAUAAUUUUUCAUAUUAUGUGUCAUUAAUAUUAUUUUGUAUUUUUAUGUGGAAUAUAUAUAAAUAUAUAAUUUUAUGAUGCUAAUUGCUAAAAUAUUAUUUUACGUUGAAUUAUUUUUAAAGCUAAAAUCUUUGUAAUAUUGUCAAAGUUACUAGUUUCUAAAAUCAGAGUUUGUGUAGAUUCACACAAGUGGUUUAUGAAGUGUUCGGAUUGUAAUUAUUACUGAAUGGUUCUUUGAUAUGCAAAUGAAUAUCGUGGAUUUUUAUUUUGGUUUGUUUUGUAUUUAAAUGGGGUGUUGAUUACAAUCUUUAAUUUCCUGAAUAAAGACCCAUUCUGUUCGGACACA